AUGGAGGAAGAGUUGCAACAGUUUGAGAAGAAUCAAGUAUGGUCUCUUGUACCCGAACCAAUUAGGAAGAAGGUGACAGGAACUAAGUGGAUUUUUAGAAACAAAUUGGGUGAAGACAGAAGCGUUGCUAGGAACAAAGCAAGAUUGGUGGCACAAGGAUAUGAUCAACAAAAAGGGAUAGACUUUGAUGAAUCCUUUGCUCCUGUGGCUCGAAUGAAAGCUAUAAGGCUUCUUCUAUGUGUCAUUAAGAUGAAAAAGAAAAUUGCCACUCAAAGAGGCACGGAUACUCAGCGACUUCCCAGAAUCCCUGAGGGUUCUCGAGCACAAUCUUACUCUCAAGAUCCAACCUUUACUCCUUCACCCAUACAUUUGCUUUCUCCUCCUUGA